UGAAAAUUUGAACAAUCUACUGCCAACAUUAUUUUUAACCAUGCUGAAUUAUGCAAAGCUCUUCAAGCUGGCUGUUGAAGGCAGAGACAUUGUUUAGGGACUAUUUUACUGCAAGUUAAUGAUAUGGGGGUAGAACAAUUAACCAUUUAAUUUGCAAAACAAAACUACAUAUCAUUAAAAAAUUAACCAUUGAUUAAGAGAUAUUGAGUCUUUACUGGCUGGACAUAACUUUGAAAUACACAUCUGCAACAACAUGGAAGAAGAAACUUAUUCACAUGGGCCACAAUCCUUUGACUUUCUGAGAAGUAUUUAUUAUUAUUUCAAUGGAGCUUAAUUCUCCAGCCACACAGUUUGAAAACUGUUUACAAGCCUGGAAAAUAAAUUAUAAUCACAGAUGCUUUGAGAGCGUACAUUACCAGAUACUGUGUGGAACUGAUGUGGUAAUUGUGAAAAACGGCAGAAGAAUAUGUGGUACAGGAGGCUGCUUGGCCAAUGCACCUUUGCAUCAGAACAAAAGUUACUUUGAAUUCAAAGUCCAGUCAACAGGAGUCUGGGGAAUUGGGGUUGCUACCCAAAAAGCUAACCUUAAUCAGAUUCCAUUUGGGCGGGAUGCACAAAGUUUGGUGCUUCGACACGAUGGAGCCAUUUAUCACAAUAAUGAAGAACGAAACAGACUUCCAGCUAACAGUAUUCCUCAGGAAGGAGAUGUUGUGGGACUCACUUAUGAUCAUGUGGAACUAAACAUUUUUUUGAAUGGAAAAAAUAUGCAUUGUCCAGCAUCUGGAAUUAGGGGCACAGUGUAUCCGGUUGUGUACGUUGAUGACAGUGCAAUUUUGGAUUGCCAGUUCAGUGAAUUUUACAGCCCUCCGCCUCCUGGAUUUGAAAAGAUUUUGUUUGAACAGCAGAUCUUCUGAUUUUUCACUGCGUAAACAUAUACACACUCCUGCACUCUCGCCUCGCCAGGUCCUGCCUAGCCAUGUUGUAAUGUGAUUUUUUUUUUGUUUGCAGUUUUGAAUGUUAGCUGUUUGAGUUAGUCAGUACCAUAAUUGGCAACACAGAAUUCCAGUUUAUCAUGCAUUUGUCUUUGUGUUGUUUAUUAAUGGGAACAGCACUUUUUAAAAGUGAGCAAUGAUGUAUAAACAUGUGCAGUAAAUAUUAGCUCUUACACAUGUGGUUUUCAGUGGAAGAUAAAGAAAAUUAGUUAUUUCUCCCAGUGGUAUACAGCACCACAAUCGCUGUACCUUCAAAAGAGAUUACAGUACCAACAUAGCUGAAAAUUAUUGUACUCUUAAUUUGGUAUAUUUUAAUCCUACAGCUCGAUUUUUUUGGUCUUUAGUGCUUUCCUUUCAUCACAGCAUGUUUUCUCCUUAAAUACAUUCUUUUCUACAAUUGAUUUAUUUUCCCCGUGCAAUUCUCACUUAUGGUUGUCAGCUUUACAGACUGUUCGUUUAUCUUUCACCUUGCUCUGUUCCUUGAUUCUGUUUUGCUUCUUUGAAUCUUUAAUCAUUGAACAAGUACACCAUUGCACAUAAAACAUUUACAAAGUCACAACCAUAGUUCAGAAUUUGAAGCCUUUGUUGUUUUGACACAAAAGUAACCUGAAACUUAUGAUCAGACUGUCAAUUGUUCAGGUGAUUAUCAUCUAAACAAGAAUUGCAGAGCCCAAAAGCUUGAUCACGUUUGGAUUAGUUUCCCUCUUAGAAAGUACAACUGCUUUUUUAAAAGCAAAAUACAAUAAUGCUGGAAUUACAAAAUACUAGAAACAUUAAGCAGAUCAGACAGUUUUGUGGAAGAUAAACAAUCCUUUAUCACAACUAGAUAAUAUGGAUAAAUCUACAGCAGAUACAAAACCAGGGGGUGAAAGAGAGAGAAAAGAAACAAAUAGAAGAGGUUUGUCUGUUUUAGAGUAGAGGGCAGGAAUGAUAAUAUUUAUUUAAUUGGCCCAUUGGUGCCUUAUUAGCAGGAAUUACGCUCUAUGGAUGGAUCUACAAUGUGUCAUUAGAACAUGUGUAACUGACAAAGGAAAUUAUCACAGUCACCUUUGACUUCAGAUUAAAAGGUGCCUGUGCCAAGAUUAAGCAACAGAAGGAAAAUUAGAAAAAUAAAAUAUUCCCCAUAAUUUAACCUUAAAAAAAAAGCCUUUGUUGACAGGGGAAAGUGGCUAUGUCAAGUCACUUUCAAAAGAAAUUCAAGUUCAGCUUUAUUGAAUGAUUAAAAUCAUGCAAAAUCUUCAUUCCUGGCACAGUGUACACCUUUGGACUGAAUGUGAAUUGCGUCCAUUAUGCAGUGUUUCUGUGAAAUCAUGUGCUUUUUAAGAAAGAAAUCCAAAAUAGCAUGAAUUGCACUGUCAGGGUGAAUGAUCUUCAUAAAAGGAUAUUCUUUAAUGUCUUUUCAUAAAAAUCAUUGUAUAGAUCACCAAAGUAUUCACAUAUGUCAUUUGUAUUAUCUAUCUUUGUCACUAGUUGUAUAAAACAGUUAAUAUUGUACAGUGGAAAUAUUGUGGUUAUAUAAGCAAACCUUAGGCCAUGUGCAUAAUAUAUUUGAGUGAGUUCAGGUUUCUGAAAAAUUUUAGACAUUUGUGAGGGGGUUAUGGCACUUGAAUAAUCUAGAAACUGUAAUCAGAACGUAGAGUUAUGAACCUAGGAGAGUCAAUAUUUAUUUACUAAAUCAUUGAACAAUGUUCCCUAAGUUCAGACAAAUUAAGGUUGCUUUUACAGUGAUUAAUGGGAAUAAACACUUACUUGGAGAACCAUAUCUUUGGUACUUCACAAACACAAAGGACUGUACAUUAGAUGUCAGUGGAACUGUGUAAUGAACAUUUUGAUGGUUUAGCUCAUUGCAGAGGCCUUCAUUAUCAUCUCAGCUACCAUUGUAAAGAAAAAUCAAUUUCUAUCCAAAUAUCAGAAACAUACCAUUGAAACCGGUUAAAUGCUAGUGAUAAUCAUUUUUCUGUUGUCUGUGUUUUUAAAGAGAAAUUAAAGCAUUGAGAAGUGUAGAAUGAUGCACUAUUUGCAUCAGGAACAAUUUCAGCCUCCAGAUAGCUUCUUUCAAGCCCAUGGUGCAAUAACACCUUCCCUUACUAGAUUUAAAUUGUUUUCACUAGUUUACUCUAAUGAAUUGCUAUCCCAGCACAGUUUACCUAGUCGAGUUUAUCAUCUAGUAUUCUUCUGAACUAUCUGCUCGCUGAACUAUAGAGAUUGAGUUUUUAUUCUACAUGUCUAGAAUGAAGAUAUUUCCUUGCUCUUCCCUACUUAAUCCAAUAUUUUUAUGUAUCUUUGUAAAGUAGUUUACAGACCCUUACAAAGCAUUCCAAAAAGAUGAUGAUUACAUAUACAAACCUUAGUAUAGCUCCAAUUGGUUAGUUUGAUUAUAUUCCCAUGACCCAUUUUAUAACUACAAAUUUUCCACAUUACGAAGCCUCGCAGUGUGUAUUUAAUGUGGGGGGCUGUUUUACAUGUAGGGCUGCCUGCUGACUUCUGCCUUAAAUAAAAUUCAGAUGGUUUGUGAAGGACAAUAGCUUGGACAGUCGGUUAACAUUUUGCCAAG